CGGUGGAGCUGGAGGCGCAGCGGAGCGAUGUGAACACCACAGCCGGGCGCCCUGCCUCUUCCCCGGCGGAGAAACCCUGAGGAGUUACCGGCACUUUUUCCCACGUUCUGACGGACCGACUCCCCGCCGCGUUUCUCAGUCAUCAUGUCCUCCUCACACGGACUCCUCAACACCGUCUUCUCCUCCUGCUCCUCUCCCGUCUCCAAGGGCCUCUCCAAACGGCGCCUGCGGGCCACCAGGAGCCUGGACCCGGCUAUCAUCCGGCACUACGGCUCGGAGGAGGCUCCCACCCCGGACCCGGAGGGGUUCAGAGCCUGCGGGCGCUCCGUCCUCCCCCCGCCCUCACCCUCCAGCCCGUCCACCCCCGUGGAGACCACCUCCUCCACGUGGUCCCACUUCCAGUUUGAGGAGGACUGGAGGGGCGUGAGGAGGAGCGCAGGCUGGGAAGGGCCACUGGUGGCCCGGAGCCCCAGUGUCAGCCCCACCGGACACUUCUUCUCCCCCAGAAAGUGGCUCCAGAAGAAGGUGCAGCAGGCCACCUGCCACGCUUACGUCGUGUGGAAAUCUGAGGGUGACUUCACCUGGAAUAGCCUGUCUGGGAGGAGCGUGAGGCUCAAGCCAGUAGCCAUCCAGAGCCUGUCAGAACUGGAGAGAGUGAGGCUGCAGGAAGUGGCCUACAACCGGCUACACCAAGACUAUGACCUGGGUUGCCAGAUCACCAUCCCCAAAGAUGGCCAGAAGAGGAAGAAGUCACUGCGGAGGAAGCUGGACUCCUUAGCCAAAGAGAAGAACAAAGACAAAGAGAACACACCACAGGCCUUCGCCAUCUCCCUGUCGCAGGUGAUCGCCAACGACCGAACACACAGGCAGCGUCAGGAGGGUCAGCGGCUGGACCCCGUCUCCCGGGAGGAGCACAAAGACUCCAGUGACCUGGUCUCCUCCAUCCUGCAGUUUGCCACCAAGCGAGCCACCAAGGAGCUCUCCAGCAGCAACUCCUCCCUCAGCUCCACUUCAGAGACAGCUAAUGAGUCCACCUCACCCAACACGCCUGAAGCAGCACCCCGCGCACGCAGGAGGGGGGGCAUGUCGGUGGACUCCAUCACCGACCUGGACGAUAAUCAGUCUCGUCUGCUGGAGGCGCUGCAGCUGUCCCUGCCGGCCGAGACUCCCAGCAAGAAGGAGAAGCACCGGGACAAGAGGCUGAGUCUGAACCCCAUCUACAGGCAGGUUCCUCGCGUGGUGGACAGCUGCUGCCAGCACCUAGAGAAGUACGGUCUGCAGACAGUAGGCAUCUUCAGGGUGGGCAGCUCGAAGAAAAGAGUGAGGCAGCUGCGUGAGGAGUUUGACAGGGGUGUGGACGUGCAGCUGGAUGAGGAGCACAGCGUUCAUGACGUGGCUGCGUUGCUGAAGGAAUUCCUGAGGGACAUGCCUGACCCGCUCCUCACCAAGGAGCUCUACACUGCCUUCAUCAACACCAUGUUGAUGGAACCUGAAGACCAGCAGAUUGCAACCCAGCUACUAGUGUAUCUGCUACCACCCUGCAACAGUGACACCCUCCACCGGCUGCUAGAGUUCCUGAACACCGUGGCCCAGCAUGCUCACGAUGCAAUUGACAAAGAUGGUCAUGAGGUGACGGGCAACAAGAUGACGUCAAUAAACCUGGCCACUAUCUUCGGGCCAAACCUGCUGCACAAACAGAAGAGCUCAGAUAAAGAGUUCAGCGUGCAAAGCUCCGCUCGCGCCGAGGAAUCUACUGCCGUCAUCGCUGUGGUGCAGAGGAUGAUCGCCACGUUCGAGGAUCUCUUCAUGGUGUCUCCUGAUCUGCAAAAUGAGGUGCUAAUGAGUUUGCUGGAGACGGAUCCAGAUGUGGUGGACUACCUGCUACGACGAAAAGCAUCACAGAGUCCAGAUUUGUUGAAUUCUGAGACCAGCUUCUCUCUAAGUGAACGAAGAUCAUCCAGCGAUUCUAACAAGGUGUCAAGUGGCGAAGUCUCUCCCUACGACAAUAACUCUCCUGUGAUGUCUGAGAGGAGGGGCGGUGAUGGAGGCAGCACUGGCACCGUUCCUGGAGGAGCUCUCAGCACUGAGCGGCUCUUCCGCGUCCCAGAACAGUACACUCUGGUGGGACAAGUCACGGGUCGAACCAGGGACACUGUCUCAAGCCCCUGGUCCCCUUCAAAGGACAUUUCUGAGGAACAUGCCAACAUCUGGGGUGCGUGGCACACAACACUGAAGCCAGGGCUGAAAGAACAAAACUAUACAGGUUCCUACACCAACAUGUCGGAGGGAAGCUCCCGCAGCUCACAGGAGGGAAUCGACAGCCACCACAGCAGUGACCCAAAGCAGCUUGUGCGGACACAGCCCUCGCUGGGGGUGACGGACUGUCGGCAGCACCCUGCGGCAACUCGCGUCGGCAGCAGCCCUCAUUCUGGGCAGCGACAACUCCGCCUUAAUCUCAACCCCGACGGCCAAUCGGCGUCCAGCAGCUCGGAGGACCUUCCGGUCGGGAGCAGUCACAGCACGCCCAGCCCCAUGGUGUUCCCUAAACCAGCAAACAGGAACGACGCACGCCCCCCUCCACCCCCAUACGGACUCUCGAGACCGGCCACGUCAACGGUUUCCUCCAUCUCCCCCACGUCUCUCGCCCCGGUGUCCUCAGCUCAGCAGUGCCCCCAGCAAGGGACCGGGAAAACCGUCGCUCAGAACUCGUCCUCCUCGCCAGGGGGCGCUCUGACUCCCCUGAGCCCCGAGUGGCAGGACUGGCAAAGAGACAGGUGGCAAAUCUGGCAGCUCCUGUCUUCGGACAAUGCGGACACACUGCCCGAGACGCUGGUCUGAGGAGCACUUGGUCUUACGGAUCCCGGAAGCAACUGAGAGGCAACUGGGAUUGACCAGAGCAGUGGAUUCAUUCAAGAUGGCCGCUGUCUUACGCCUGCGGAUGGCACACAAGUUUGUGGCCGAGGUCCUUGUCGCACUGCGUUUCCUGCGGUUCCUGCGGUUCCUGCGGUUCCGGUCGUUGCUUGGUUUUCUCAGACUAUGAAAACAAAAAAAAACAGACGCAGACGUCACCCAGCUGCUCCUACGGAGGAAUAUUAUUUUCCAGGCAGCCAAAACAAAAAUCUGAAAAGUCACAACUGAAAGUCACAGCGUCAGGCCAGAGCCCAUUUCAUUGCAGAAAAAAAACAGAAAAAUAAUCCCUCCAUCAUUUCUGCUUGCUAACUUAAUGUAGAAAACCCAUAUUGUGGUAAAGAAAAUGUAAUUAUAUAUACAUAUACAGUUGUAUGUAUUUUUAGGUCCAGGUUUUAUAGGUCCGAAACUUUUACAGAGAACACAAUUCCUCAACACACUUUGAAAUACAGAAUUUGCUGACUUUUAACAUAUUCAAAGAAACAAAUUACGAUUUGUCCAAAAAAAUUGCCCUAUUCACUAUUCCCAACAUGUAAAAAAUCCGAAUCACUAAAUAUAUAGUUCCCUAUGAUUUCCACAGUGGAGAGAAUGUAAACAGAUUUUGCAAAUUAAGAUCAAAAUGCGCAAAAUUAGAACAAAAGCAUUAAAAAUGAAUUUAAGAUCGUUUUUGGAUUAAAUGGAACCAUAGGAAAUAUUGAGCCACACCACCAUUUAUUAAUUCAACCAAUGACCCAAUUAAAAAUAUAUUUAACAAAAGUAUAUUAUUGUACACGACUGCAGAAGGUGUGUGUGCAUGUUUGUUUUAUGGCUGUAAACAGAAGCUUGUUUGUCACAGUUGUAUUUCACUCAUUUUCAAAUGAUGCACACCAAAGCUACGAGUAACUACAUAAGUGUAUAGACGUAUUGUUUCCUAUUUUAGUAAAUAAAACAAAUUUAGAAGAGCACUGUUAUAGAUAAGCUUGUGUGCUGAAGCUAAUGUCAAUUAACCUUUCUUUUCACUCAGUAAAACAUUGAAGAUAA